AUGGGAAGGACAAAGAAAUGUAAAAAGGGUACACUCUCCGCAGCGCAUCCAGAUGGAUCAAGUGAGAGAUGCACCUCGGAGGUGUACCAAAUUAGGAAAGAAAUCUUUUCACAUAAGAAUAUAAAAGACAUACUAGAAAGAAUCAUAAUUAGGAGAGUCACUGAGGGACGUCUCAAUCGGUAUAACAGCUUUUCCUACCUAUACAGCCUUGACGAGAUAAAUGAGCAGCUGACAAACCUGCAGUGCCUUUAUGAAAAGUGUAAUGAUUUGGAGGACCUACCGAAACUAUUCGGUCUACCCAUCAUUUUAAAAGACAACAUUUGCACAAAAAAUAUACCAACAACAUGUGGGAGUAAACUUUUAGGAAAUUAUAAACCAUCCUAUGAUAGCACUGUUGUUAGAAGGUUGAAAAAACAUGGAGCUGUAAUUGUAGGGAAGACUCAUUUGGACGAAUUUGCAAUGGGAUCAUGUACAGGACGGGACGUAAAGAAUCCCUUCAAUGAAGGUUACCUAUCUUGUGGUGGAUCCUCUGGAGGAUCGGCUAGUUGUGUCGGUUCCAGAAUUAUUAAUUGCUCUGUAAAUACAGACACAGGCGGAUCCAUUCGAACCCCAGCUGCGCUAUGUGCAUGCAUAGGGAUGAAGCCCACCUAUGGAAGGAUAAGCAGAUACGGCAUUAUCCCCUAUAAUGAAGAAACCGAUGUGGUAGGACUUAUUGUUAACAAUCUCUAUGACUGUAGCAUCAUCUUGGAUGUCCUUUCCGGAGGAGAUAAAAACGAUCUAACUACCCUCAAAGGGGGAGAAAAAAAAUUUCAUUUUAAGUUAAAAAAGUAUGAAGCGUCUCUCAACUUUGAUCAAAAUAAAUGCCCACUGAGAAACAUGAAAUUUGGCUACCUAACGAAGGAGCUUUUAAAAAACUACUUUGUCGAUGAUCUCACGUAUCGAAGCUAUUUUCAGGUCAUGCAGAAUAUCGAACAAAUGGGAGCAACUCUGAUGAAGACAGAUCUGUAUGAACUGGGAGACUACUGCUAUUUGUACUAUCUCCACUCUAUGACCAUCGCAAAUAGCAACCUCUCCAGGAUUAAUGGGAUCAACUAUAACCUUCAUAAUGUGCUCGGAAAAUCCAAUUUUGUUAAACAAGUGAGGUCCACUCUGCUAGGUGAAAAAGUCCUAACGAGAAUCAUCGGUGGAUCCAUAAUCUCGUCUCGCUUCCAAGGGGGGUCUCUACACCACAUCUUCACAACUGCGAAGCGGAGGUUAACUAGAGCGUUGGAUACAAUUUUUGGCCAAGUAAAUUUCCUCUUGCUGCCCUCCCUACCAAGGUCAAACAAUUUGAAGGAGUCCAUAUGCAUCCCUCAUGGGGGUAACCCCGACCCAGAGAAAGACACCACCCAGGCGAAGCAGCAUCCCCCAAUCAGUGUGCCUAUUUCGCGUCAUUUCAGUGGAAUGGAGCCUCCCCUUGAGGGAUACAACAACUACAUGAAGGAAAUCUUCUCAGUCGUGUCGUCAAUCACAGGAGUCCCGAGCAUCGUGAUUCCAACGGGGGAAUUUACUCCACAGUUGAAUGAACCGCAAUCCUUUCAACUGCUAAGCAGAAGGUUGGACGAAGCGGGGCUGCUCAAAGUUGCCUUGGCUUAUAAGAGACAAAUGCACGUGGAUAAAAGGGUAGUGGAAAACUUAAGGGGAGUUGCUCGCGGAGUCCACUGA